AUGCCAAAAAUUAUCGAGACUGUAAAUUCUGAUGACAAUGAAGUUAUUGUUAAUAAUGUGAUAGAAGCUCAGGAAAUGAUGUCUGAAGUUUAUUCGAUGCAAACGACUGAUUCACAAAUAGAUGAUAGGAAUGAAAGUGUGCUGGAAGCGGAAACGAGAGGAAUAGACUUUAAGGGAAAUGUUAGAUAUUUCUGUCCACGAUGCAAUGUUCGAUAUAUAGAAUUUAAAUACCUGAAAACUCACUUGAAAGAAUGUGGAAAUGUCCACAAAUGUGAUGAAUGCCAACAAAAGUUCAAGCAGAAGCGUACGUAUGUCGCUCACAUGAAGAAGAAGCAUGGAGUUCUGGCAGGUGCCAAUCAAAAUGACAGCAUUCCACUGAAAUCGCAACAUUAUGUGCUCAGCAUAUAAAGCUAGACCAAAAACACUCAUUCUUUCUUCCACAUAAAAUUUCUGAAUUUUUAUUUUAUUUUCUUUUGAGAUUCAUUCAAUAAGAUGCAAAAAGAAGAUGACUGAAUAAAUGAUUGUGUCUUUAAAUUUUUGUAUAACAUUAAUAAAACAUCUCGAAUUUCAGAUCUUAAGAUAAACAACAUCCAUAAUUGCAAGUUAUUGGUAUAUUUUUUUUUUUUUUUGUAAAAGAUGCCUAAACAUUUUCUAUUAACAGAGAGAUAAACUUUAGAUACAUAGCACUAUCGUAAAUAUUUAUAAAUGUUUCGGAUCAAAGUUGCAAGGCUUGAUGCUGUUUUUUUGGAAUUAAAAAUUAAUAUUUAAUAUUUUAUAAAUCCUCAGGAUUAAAAAAUAGAUCUUCAGAUUAAAAUUAAUCCUUGGAUUGAAAUAAAUCGAAUGACUACUGCUAGUGUAUAUCUAUUGAAUAAUAAGUGAGGAUAUGGAAAAUACGUAUUUUACUAGUAAGUUGCCAAAAAGACGUUAGAAUAUCAAUGCAGCCACAAACAUUGCAAAAUCAAUCCAAAAACAUUUCUUUAUCAUGAAUUAAACAUUUUUUUUUUCAGACUAGAAGGAAUAGGAUCUCAUAAAUAUAUUUUGUUUAGUCAAGAGACGAGUAAGAUGAUCUAUGUUGCUUCGCAACAAAAUGUGAUUCCGUAAUUGAAUUACGAUUAGUUGAUAAGUAGGAAAUGCAGUAAUUAUUUAACUCGAAAUUCGUCUGAAAGUUAUCAUUACUUGUUUCAUAACACGCAGUUGUUAUCUCACUCUUCCGCUUGGCGAUCGCAGAUGAGAACGAAUGUAACCUGUUGGGUUAUAGCAAGGAUUUAAGGAUCAGUAAGAGGCUUAAAAUCCGCAAAAAUAAAAAACCGUUAAAUUUUGAUUUGAAUUAAAAAAGUUCAAAAAAGUGCGGGAGUUUUAUGACAAUUUUGAGGCAGUUUUAGAAAAGAUUUAUAAAUUUUUUAAGGAUAGAAACAAAAACCGUUAAAACAAUAAUUUAAAUUCAUGAAGAUUCUAAGAAGAGCGGAGAAAAAAUUCAAAUUCAAAUUUAACGGUUGAAAUUGAACUUUCUCACAUUUAAAGUAUAAAAAUUACCAGUUGUGCUCAAAAGUGCUCUUGCUCUGUCAACUCACCUGUUCUGUAAUCUAUUGGGCCCGUAAAAAUGUGAUUCUCGUUUCUUGAAUGACUCCAUCUAAAAGAGAAAUGAACCGAUAAGAGCAAAAAAUUGCCAAUAAACACAUAACAUCCAAAAAAUAGACAUCGACAAAAAAAGACAUUCAGUAAGUGACAUGUGUGAAUUAUUUUCAUUUCAAAAAAAGGCUUUGAAGGUGAAAAAAAUCUUCAAAAAUAUGGUUAAUGGAAUUAAAUUGUAAUGCACAAGUAAAAAAAGAAGAGAAUUAUUGGCUUAUGCUGAUUUAUAAAAGAUACGAUAAAAGGAAUUUUAAAUUUUUAAAAAAACAUCUACAAAAUAAAAACUUGCAAGGAACAAAAAUCUUACCUCAUAGUUGUGCAAAAAUUAUUAAAAUUUUUUAUUUAACUUUUUUUAUGAACAUUUAUCUUGAUGCUGUAUGAAUAAUGUCCCGUCUAUUGCAAAAGUUAGGCCGGCUACGAGUUAAAGGAAAUACGUUCAAGAUACGAAAGAAGAAGAAGAAAAUAGUUUAUGGAGAAGAAAGAUUGUAAGAAGUAAUAGUAAGUAGAGAUUAUGAUGAAUUAAAUUUACUACUCAAAAACAAUAAGAUUAACAAGCAUUUGAGGAGUCGUUCACUAGUGAUGUGAAUUUAAAAAUUUUAAUUUAUUCAAAGACCCUUUCUUGUCUCCUCAUCUUCUUCUUAGCCAGCAGAGGCUGGCUUAGAGGACUAUGCAAUGUGCCUUAACCUAGUCACAUUCCAAUUCAAGGAGCUCAACAGAGAUCCUUAGGCUUAGAGCAUCUUAACCUAGUCACAUUCCAAUUCAAGGAGCUUAACAGAGAUCCUUAGGCUUAGAGCAUCUUAACCUAGUCACAUUCCAAUUCAUUGAGCUUAACGGAGAUCCUUAGGCUUAGAGCAUCUAAAUAGCCAUAAAAAUUGAUAGAACUUCCCCGAACCCCAAUCUUUUAAAAAUGAUUUUUUACUCCCCUAAUUUCAGCUUUAUCACAGGACCUAGUUUAUAAGUGCAACCUACCAUUUCAUAAGCAUUAGGUCCUAUUAGGAAAAAAAUCUCUCGGAGUAGACUAGAAUAAGUUGUCUUAGUUAAUAAUUUGCCUUUAGAACCGAGCUUAGAUACCAACACUAGUUUGACGUACCACACCCAAUCUGAACAACAUUUACAGCACAUCAUAAGUGAACAACCCCAAAACUCAUAAAAUGGUAAGCAAUUCUCUACGAAGGAGGAAGGUCUAUCCGAAAGAAAUAUAAAACUCUUUACUUGAACUUUCUUACCUUUGAAAAUUAAUAAAUUAUUUUACUAAUAAAAUGAUAAAUUAGGCAAAGGUAAAAUUAAUAAAUUCA